UGUCUGGUGAUCAUGAACCGAGCCAACCCAGCGUUGUUAGAUUAUAUGCAGUAUUAUCUCGACAACACUGACGCUUUGAAAGGAGAACGCUACCGACUCGCCAAGGAUUUUGGGCAAAUCCUUCUCAGCAAUUGUCGCGAGGCUAUCGGCACUGCACCCAUGUAUCGUGAUAUCACAUUCCCCACUGCCCCGAAGACUACAGUCACUGUGAAAGGUGACAUUGUCUAUGAAGAAGUCAACCGAACUGGUGUAUCCCGACUCGAACGAUACGUUGCGGAAAUGGCCGCCGGUUCCAAAAUCACCGCUGAGAUGAAUCUUGACAAAGUUCAGGAGUCGAUUCAGAACCUUUACAAAUUGGUCAAAUCUCAGCCAACGAUUGUCAAAUCACAAAUGGCCGCGAUCCGAUCCCUUUACGGCGAGGUAGUUAAGGGCCUGUCCCACAACGAGCGAAAUCGACAGGGACCUGGUGCUCCGAGAAGCCGCCGACCAUCAAGUCAGUUCCUUCGACCUGUGCAGGUUGAACCAACGGCACUCUCUAGCGACAAAACACCUCUACUUCAUCUAAAGCGCAAAGUUGGUAACAACUGGGUUUACAGCAGUAAAUUGACCACCCUCUAUCUGGAUGUUUUGACGGAGAUUGCCUCUGCUGGAACGACUUUCGAACAUAAGAACGCACUCCUCACUGGGGUGGGUAAAGGUAGUAUUGGUGUUGAAAUCUUGAAGGGUCUCUUGAGUGGUGGUGCUCAAGUUGUCGUCACCACUUCGCGAUACUCGCGUGCCACGGUUGAAUAUUACCAAGCUAUUUACCAAGAAGUGGGUUCGCGUGGUAGUAGGUUGACUGUAGUGCCUUUCAACCAGGGAUCUAAACAAGAUGUGGAAGCUUUGGUUGACUACAUCUACUCCACCGAUAAGGACAAAGGUUUAGCUAUGGAUUUGGAUUACAUCCUUCCUUUUGCUGCUCUACCCGAAAACGGACGAGAGAUUGAUGGUUUAGAUGAUCGCUCCGAAUUGGCGCACCGAGUUAUGUUAACGAACUUACUCAGGUUAAUGGGAGAAGUGAAGAAGAAAAAGCAUGCUUUGAAACUCGUUACUAGACCUACUCAAGUUGUCUUACCAUUAUCACCUAAUCAUGGUUUAUUUGGUAAUGAUGGAUUGUACUCUGAAUCGAAGAUCUCUCUAGAGACUUUGUUCAAUCGCUGGUCUUCGGAAUCGUGGGGCGAGUAUCUCUGUCUUGCUGGUGCAGUCAUCGGAUGGACUCGUGGUACUGGUCUCAUGUCAGCUACCAACAUUAUCGCCGAAGGAGUCGAGAGCCACGGCGUUCGAACCUUUUCGGCCAAGGAGAUGGCCUUCAACAUCUUAGGGCUGAUGCAUCCUCUGCUCUUCGACGUGGCUCAAGUCGAACCUGUUUGGGCUGAUUUGAACGGUGGAAUGGACAAACUACACGAUCUUGCUGAAAUCACGACCAAGAUCCGACUUGAACUCAACGAUGUGGCCAACGUCCGCAAGAAAGUCAGUGUUGACAACGCUAUUGACUUCAAGAUCGUUAAUGGAGCCCAAGCGGAAUCCAUCCAUCAUCCUGUUAACAUCACCCCUCGUGCCAACUUUACUUUACCUAUUCCGAAACUUCUACCUACGUUUGACCAUGAGAAGAACAUGUCUAUGCUCCGGGGUAUGCUUGAUUUCGACAAAGUGAUUGUCAUCGCUGGUUACGCUGAAGUGGGGCCAUUCGGAAGCUCUCGUACUCGAUGGCAAAUGGAGGCCAAAGGAGAGUUCAGUAUCGAAGGCUUACUUGAAUUGGCGACCAUCACGGGUCUGAUCAAGUUUGUGGACGGUAAAUUGAAAAAUGGUAAACAGUAUGUCGGUUGGGUUGAUUCAAAGACCGAAGAACCGGUUGAUGACUCACAAGUCAAGGCCAAAUACGAAGCCCAGAUCCUCGCUCAUAGUGGUGUCCGGUUCAUCGAACCCGAGUUGUUCAGAGGCUACGAUCCCAAACGUAAAGGUUAUACCCAAGAGGUCGAACUUAACCACGACCUUGAAGCUAUCGAAACGUCUUCAGCUGAUGCUGAUAAGUUCAAGCUUCAACACGGGGACAAAGUGGAUGUAUGGGUCGAUGGUGACCGAUGCUUCAUUCGAUUCAAGAAGGGGGCGAAGAUAAUGAUUCCCAAGGCUGUCAGAUUUGAUCGGUUGGUUGCCGGGCAGGUUCCAACAGGUUGGGAUGCGCGAGUGUUUGGUAUUCCGGAUGAUAUUAUUGCUCAGGUUGAUCGUACUUCGUUGUGGGCAUUGGUCUGCACUGCGGAAGCUUUGAUGAUGGCGGGUAUCACCGAUCCUUAUGAGUUAUACAAAUACGUCCAUCCUAGUGAAGUCGGAAGUUCCUUGGGAUCUGGUAUGGGUGGUAUGAGCAGUUUGUCGAAAAUGUUCCGGGAUCGUCGAGAGGAGAAAGAUGUCCAGAAGGAUAUCUUACAAGAGACCUUCAUCAACACGGUCGCUGGAUGGGUUAAUCUGUUACUUUUAUCUUCGAGUGGUCCUAUCAAGAUCCCUGUCGGUGCUUGUGCUACCGCUUUGCAAUCCGUGGAAAUCGCUUGUGAUACCAUCCUGAGCGGAAAGGCUAAGGUGAUGAUUGCUGGUGGGUUUGACGAUUUCGAUGAAGAAGGAAGCUUAGAGUUCGGUAAUAUGCAAGCUACCAGUAACACCGAGACUGAGCUGGCUGCUGGGCGUGAACCGAACGAAAUGUCUCGACCUACGACGAGCACACGUGCAGGAUUCAUGGAGUCUCAAGGAUGUGGUGUUCAGGUGUUGAUGUCUGCCAAGACGGCCAUUGAGCUUGGUGCCAGUAUCUAUGGUGUCGUCGCCUACACUGCCACUGCCACCGACAAGGCUGGUAGGAGUGUUCCAGCACCCGGUCGUGGAGUUUUGUCGACCGCCCGACAAGCACCCGCAAAAGUGCCUUCGCCUGUACUUGAUAUGGAAUAUCGAAAGCGUCAACUAGUUUUCCGUCGCAAGCAGAUUUCAGAAUGGCUAGAGAACGAAAUUGAGAUCUUGAAGAGUACGGUAUCGCAUCUCGAAGCUAGUGGUACUCCCAUGACUUCUGAAGACGUCAAUGAGCGAUACGCCUCGAUCGAACGCGAAGCCAAACGUCAGGAAAAGGAAGUCUUGGGUACCUUUGGAAUGCUCAUGGGUGAAGAUCCUACAGUCGCACCUCUUAAGCGAGCACUAGCUGUUUGGGGUUUGACAGUAGAUGACAUUGGAAUUGCGUCGUUCCAUGGUACCAGUACCAAAGCUAACGAUAAGAAUGAAAGUUCCGUUUACAACAAGCAAUUCCAACACUUGGGUCGGUCUCGUGGAAAUGCUGUUCCAGUCGUCGCGCAAAAAUGGCUCACUGGACACCCCAAGGGAGGUGCCGCUGCUUGGAUGAUGUGUGGCGUUACGCAAGCCAUUCAGGAUGGACUUAUUCCCGGAAAUCGAAAUGCGGACAACAUUGGUCCUGAACUUCAAGAAUUUGAAUUCUUACUAUUCCCAUCCAAAUCGAUUCAAACCGAUGGUAUCAAAGCUGGUCUACUCACAUCCUUUGGCUUCGGUCAAGUUGGAGGACAGAUCUUGGUCGUACAUCCUGAUUAUUUAUUGGCUGCGAUUGAGUCUCGUGAUUACGAGACUUACAAGUCCAAGCGAUUGGUACGAGAGCGCGCGAGUUACCGCAAAUUCAAUGACUUCCUCACCAAGAGAUCCUUGGUCGUGCUCAAAGAGGCUCCACCUUACACCCCCGAAUUGGAGGCGCCAGUUCUUCUCAACCCUCUUGCUCGAGCUGCAAAGGAUUCCACCGGUUCUUACUCAUACCCUAAAAAGCCUGAACAUUUACCUACUAGGGUGAAUGUGGCCGUCAAAACUGCAGCAGUGGCCGCUAAUUUGGUCAAGAAAUACGAUCACGAAGCCGGUGUCUAUGGUGUUGGAACUGAUGUAGAGAUGAUCACAGCAGUGCCCAAUUCAGCAGUUUUCCUGGAACGGAACUUUUCGGCGAGUGAACUCGAGUAUUGCCGACAAGCACCUGAUUUCCAGGCCUCUUUAGCUGGUAAAUGGACAGCUAAGGAAGCCGUUUUCAAAGCCUUGAAGACCGAUAGCAAAGGUGCAGGAGCAGCCAUGAAAGAGAUUGAGAUCAUUUCAAGUGCUAGUGGACCUCAAGUUAUGUUAUAUGGUGAAGCAAAGAAGAUUGCUGAUGCCAAGGCGAUCAAAACUUUUGAACUCUCAAUCACCCAUUCCGAUGAGGUCGCCAUGGCUUUUGUUGUUGCCCGCGCCUAGUCCUUUCUGGAUGACACCUAGAUUAAGCAACUUUUCUUUAUUCUGAUUUAUUCAUGAACCUCAAUGAAAGUAUCUUUCGAAAAAAAAGUUUGUCUCAAGUCGAUUCUUCUAGUAUAACUCUCGUAUAGUACAAACACAAUCUAUUCUUGUUUUUUCAGAGUAGUCUUUUUAUACAUUUAUAUUGUUUUAGAAUCAAAUUAUGUUAAUUUGGUUCUUGAUCU